UCGUAUAACGUACCAACGUGUCGAGAGGGUACACGAGCAGAUCAACUGUGAAAGCAGCGACCGCGCCAGCCUGUACAACCAUCCAUCAGCUUCCUGUGCCUAUUCAUAUAGUCACGUGACGAUACAGACGCGAACGUCAAAUUGUAAAAACGAAGCUUACAAGAAGAAUGUCGGUAUUCGUAUUACCGGACAUUUAUUGUAUGAGAGGGAUGGAAAGUGGUGUGGUGAAGAAAGAGACGUCAUGACCAGGCUGGGUUUGGAGGUUUUCGCGAAUCACCGAGGGUCCGAUGCUCGCGUCGUAGAAGGAAUCAUAAACGCAAAACAUAGAAGUGCAAUACUUUCUUUAUGGAAAGAUAUUCACGAUAUGGCAGGCCGGUAA